UGGAAAGUCUGAGCUGCUUGCAGUCUCGUUGAUCCAGCCUCGGGUAGUAUGUACCGUGACGUGACAAUGGCGGUAGUCGUAAUUACGAAACGGUACGUUAUUGUGAUCAGCUGAUCAAGCGAGCCCAACGGAAAGAGCAAAAUCGAGAAAAUACGCGCGAUAAAUAAUAGAACGAGGAUUCGAGACGGAGUCGAGGUAUCGAAGCUCUGCGAGAUAAUUCGAAGACAAAAAGUCAAGAGAAGAAGGGAAUUGGAUUUUCGGCUAUGUCAUUGCGCUUGUGAUUUGCUCUGCCUCUAGGGCACCGGUGCUCUUUUGUGUUGUGUGAAUAGUGGUUUGCGUUUUUGCGGCUGUGUUGUGUGCAUGUGUGCGUGAAAUUCGCAAAAGCGAUAGAUAAAUGUGUCUUAGCCAUGCCUGCUGUGCGGAAGUAUAGAAGGGAUACCAGUGAAGUGAGCUGCUGUCUCAAGUAUGUGAUCUUUGGAUUUAACGUGAUGUUUUGGUGGCUGGGUUUGGGUAUCAUGGCGGUAGGUGUAUGGGCUUGGACCGAAAAGGACACAUUCAACAAUUUGUCCAGGCUCACUAAUGUUGCGCUCGACCCAGCAUUUAUCCUCAUUCUAGUCGGUACAGUGACAUUUAUCAUUGGAUUUACGGGAUGCGUUGGCGCACUCAGGGAAAAUACGUGCCUCCUAGCUACGUAUGCGAUAUUUCUGGCGUUAUUAUUGUUAAUGGAGAUGGCAGCCGGUGUCUUAGGAUUUGUCUUCAAGGACUGGAUAAAAUCACAAGCCACUGGCGGUUUCCAAGCGUUCAUCAUCCACUACAGAGAAGAUCCUGAUCAGCAGAAUCUCAUCGAUUGGAUUCAAGAGGAUUGGUUACAGUGUUGCGGCAUCGAGGGCCCCAAAGACUGGGAUCGCAAUAAUUAUUUCAAUUGUUCGUCGAGCGACAUUGGCUCGAGGGAAGCAUGCGGCGUGCCUUUUAGCUGUUGUAAACGAAAGCCAAAUGAAAUUAUAAAAAAUAAACAGUGCGGCUAUGAUGUUAGAAAACCUAGCUACACUGGGGAGAGGAGUAUAUACGAGAGAGGCUGUCUAAGAGCAGGCGAAGAAUGGCUAGAAUUGAAUCUCGUACCUGUCGCUGGUACUGUUGUCAGCACAAUGGUCUUACAGAACUAUGAAGUUGCCAAAGUGAUUUAUGAAAAAGGUUGUAUUCAAGCUGGGGAGGAAUGGGUGGAACGAAAUCUUCUUGCAAUUGUCACUGGGGCGGUUACCACGGCAUUUGCACAGUUCGUACACGUGAUGAAUUUAUUGGAUUUGCUAUAACGUAUCGGCGUUGCAAUUCAAAUAUAUUUUGUAUUAACUGCAUAUACAUAUUUAGGCAUGUAUACGCAUCGAAAUGCUUGAAAAUGAAAAACACGUUGCACGAAACCAACAACGGAAGCAAUUUGUUACCUACGUUAAUUUCUGCCGAAAGAUUAAUAUUCACACGCCCGCCGGUAAUAAGAUAGCACACGUGUACUAUCAUUCGAUUCUCAUCGA